AAUUUGCCUUAUUCGGCGUGACGUCAUGAGCCGCUCUCGACCACGUUUGGCCCUGCUGUUGGCCAUUUGGCGGCAUGGCAAGCUCCUCUGCCUGCUGCUAGCCUUCCUGUUGUUCUUCUGCGAAACGGUUCACGCCAAUCCAGAUGCCAAACGCCUCUACGAUGAUCUGUUGAGUAACUACAAUCGUCUCAUACGACCCGUCAGCAAUAAUACGGACACGGUGCUGGUCAAGCUGGGUCUUCGCUUAUCCCAGCUCAUUGAUUUGAAUCUCAAAGAUCAAAUUCUAACGACCAACGUGUGGCUGGAGCACGAAUGGCAGGAUCAUAAAUUUAAAUGGGAUCCAUCCGAAUAUGGUGGCGUCACCGAGCUCUAUGUGCCCUCCGAGCACAUAUGGCUGCCUGACAUUGUCCUGUACAACAAUGCUGAUGGCGAGUAUGUGGUGACUACCAUGACAAAGGCCAUCCUCCAUUAUACGGGAAAGGUCGUCUGGACUCCGCCGGCUAUCUUCAAAUCAUCCUGCGAAAUUGAUGUCCGCUACUUUCCCUUCGAUCAGCAGACGUGCUUCAUGAAGUUUGGCUCCUGGACUUAUGAUGGUGAUCAGAUCGAUUUAAAGCACAUCAACCAGAAGAACGAUAAGGACAAUAAAGUGGAAAUUGGCAUUGAUUUGCGCGAAUAUUAUCCAAGUGUCGAGUGGGAUAUAUUGGGCGUGCCCGCGGAGCGACAUGAAAAGUAUUAUCCCUGCUGUGCCGAACCGUAUCCGGACAUCUUUUUCAACAUAACGCUGAGACGGAAGACACUCUUCUACACGGUGAAUCUGAUCAUCCCCUGUGUGGGCAUCUCCUACUUGUCAGUGCUGGUCUUCUAUCUGCCCGCGGAUUCCGGCGAGAAGAUUGCGCUCUGCAUCAGCAUUCUGCUAUCGCAAACCAUGUUCUUCUUGCUCAUAUCGGAGAUUAUACCAUCGACUUCGCUGGCACUGCCAUUGUUGGGGAAAUAUCUUCUCUUUACCAUGUUGUUGGUCGGACUGAGCGUUGUCAUUACCAUCAUAAUACUCAAUAUACAUUAUCGAAAGCCGAGCACACACAAAAUGCGGCCCUGGAUACGCUCGUUCUUCAUCAAGCGGCUGCCCAAGUUGUUGCUUAUGCGGGUUCCCAAGGAUUUGUUGCGCGAUUUGGCCGCCAAUAAGAUAAACUACGGACUGAAGUUCAGCAAGACAAAGUUUGGCCAGGCCCUAAUGGAUGAAAUGCAAAUGAAUUCCGGCGGAUCCAGUCCCGAUUCCAUUCGUCGCAUGCAGGGACGUGUCGGUGUGGGCGGAUGUAAUGGAAUGCAUGUGACCACAGCGACCAAUAGGUUCAGUGGAUUGGUGGGUGCUUUGGGUGGCGGUCUGAGUACACUGAGUGGCUACAAUGGGCUGCCGUCGGUGCUUUCCGGCCUGGAUGACUCCAUGAGCGAUGUGGCGGCACGCAAAAAGUAUCCGUUUGAGCUGGAAAAGGCCAUACAUAACGUCAUGUUCAUACAACAUCACAUGCAACGCCAGGACGAGUUCAAUGCGGAGGAUCAGGACUGGGGCUUUGUCGCCAUGGUCAUGGAUCGCCUAUUCCUCUGGCUUUUCAUGAUCGCCUCGUUGGUGGGCACAUUUGUCAUAUUGGGAGAGGCCCCAUCUCUGUAUGACGACACCAAGGCCAUCGACGUGCAGCUCUCAGACGUGGCGAAGCAAAUUUACAAUCUAACUGAAAAGAAGAAUUAAAUUCGAAAUGGUUAACAUUAUCUAUCUAACGUCAUAUAAGACAUGAGAAUAUUCAUGCUUUAGUUUUAUGUAAACUUUAAAGAUAAUUAAUAAAAAUUUUGUUGGCCAAAAGCAGCCAAGGAAAAUGCUAAAAUGCA